AUGGAGGCUGCAACAUUUCUUGGCAUUGUAGUAGCUGCAAUUUCCGUAUUAAUGGCGAUUGUUGACGCCAACAACAACGAUAGUCAUUUGGUCACGUUCGUGUUUGGUGACUCAUUGGCGGAAGUUGGAAACAACAAUUAUUUACAGUCAUUGGCAAAGGCCAAUCAUCCAUUUUAUGGUAUCGAUUUCCCUGGCGGCAAAGCCACCGGAAGGUUCACCAAUGGAAGGACUAUUGGCGAUAUUAUAUCUGAAAAACUAGGUGUGACAUCACCUCCACCAUAUUUAUCAUUGGUUCAAAAUGAUGAUGCAAUUCUUAAAGGGGUCAAUUAUGCAUCUGGUGGUGCUGGAAUCCUCAAUGACACUGGUCUCUAUUUUAUCGAGAGGUUGUCUUUCAACGAUCAAAUAAGUUAUUUCGAGAAGACAAUGGACGCGAUCAAGCUCAAGAUUGGUGCUCAGCCUGCCGAAAGGCUUUGUAAUGAAGCACUUUUCUUCGUUGGAAUUGGUAGCAACGACUACGUUAACAACUUCUUGCAACCCUUUUUAGUCGAUGGGCAGCAGUAUACCCACGACGAGUUUUUAGGACUAUUGGUGUCAACAUUUGAGCAACAAAUAGUGAGACUAUACCAAGUAGGUGCAAGGAAAAUGGUGAUACAUGGACUUGGUCCAUUAGGAUGCAUUCCUUCACAAAUUGUUAAGUCAAAAAGAGGGCAAUGUCUAAACCAAGUCAACAUAUGGGUGCAGCAGUUCAAUUCCCGUGUUGGAUCGCUAGUUAAGACGUUGAGCCGACACCUUAAUUCAUCUGAAAUUGUGUUUGCGGACACUUACAAUGACGUUCUUGAUCUUAUAGUAGAUCCAAUUAAGUUUGGAUUUAAGGUUUCAAACUCGUCGUGCUGCAAUGUGGAUACGAGCAUUGGAGGGUUGUGUUUGGCGAGCUCGAAGGUGUGUGUUGAUAGGAGGAACUAUGUAUUCUGGGAUGCCUUCCAUCCAUGUGAUGCAGCAAAUGUAAUUCUUGCAGAGAAACUUUUCUCUAGAAUAUUCCCUAAUUCUUCUUCAUCAGCUACUUCACCUUCACCUUAG